UAGGAACGGUAUCAGCAGCGAGCGGACGUGUGGGAGCUUCGUCUUUUAUGAACACACUUGACGUUAAAGUGAAAAAUAUCCUUCUGGGCUUUUACACAUGGAACAAAUACGAUUCUGAGUAAUAAAAAUGUCCAGAGUGAAAAAUAAACAGCGGACGCUUGAUUCGAUUUUAAACAACCUGAAGUGUUACCUAUGUUUGGAAGAAUUUCAGGAUCCGCGCCUGCUGAACUGCAAUCAUAGUUUCUGCAAGGACUGUCUAGAUAGCUACAUUUCCACUGUUUGCACGGAUGGAAUUUUGGAGUGUCCACUUUGUGAUUCCGAGAUGAAAGUUCCCGAUAAAGGAGCGAAAGCAUUGCGGAGAAAUUACUUCUAUCAUCUUCAGAGACAGGAUAUUGGAAAUCAUUGCCACGUUUGUGGAGAAGAGGAAGUAGCCAGGAAGCAUUGUAUCGAAUGCAAUCAAGAUUUUUGCGUGACCUGUGUUAAAUCCCAUUCGGGAAUGACUGCAACAAGGGAACAUCACAUGUUGAAGGUCGGGCGAAAUCCAAACGCAGAAAUAAUCAAACACAAUCUUUUCUGCAAGAUUCAUCCAGAUGAAAGACUCUUGUACCAAUGUUCAGUUUGCAAGGAAUUGGUUUGUCAGCACUGCAAUGCAACAACCCAUAAACAACAUGCAUCAAAAUAUGUCAAAGAUGUUGCAGAGGUUAAUAGAACCAAACUAAAGGAGAUUGUUAACUCUGACGAGUAUGUCAAUUACCUAUGUUGGCUGGCUGAGAAGAAAAUGGAAAUAUCACAGGAAGUCAACCGAUACAAACGGACGCAACAAAAUGCCGAAGACGAGAUUCAGAAACAUUCAGAACUACUACACCAUAUUGUUGAGGUAAUCAAAAAUGAACUGUUGACAAAAGUUAGAGAACGGAUGAAAGAAGAGGUGAAACCAAUCAAGGGCAUAAUCAAGGAUCUGGAUCGAAAGACGAUGUCUUCCGCAGCAAUCUUUCAGUUUGCCAAAAAUGUUAGUAUACAGGGUGACGACAUUGCCGUCGUUGAAUACAGUCAUAAACUGGUGGGAAAACUGGAGAAGAUGAAAUCGGACAAUUCCAUUCCUGUAAUCAAAAGAAGCAACACGUUCCACUUCGAACCCAGGGUUGUCGAAGAGAAAGAUGUACGACCGUUGUUCGGUUAUAUCAAACCUGGAAUUCCGAUUGAUAACGAACCUCGACCAGAUAUGAUUCACGACUUCGAGAUAGAAAAUGGAGGCUCUGUAAUUUCAGCUAUACUUCCCUUAAAUGACGGAAGAGCUUGGGUCGUGGAAGGUGCAGAGGGUAUGCUUAAAUUGUACGACUAUGUAGGAAGAGUUCAUAAAACUAUUCAUCUGGGUCUUCCAGCAGACGACAUCACAACAGGACCAGAUGAUACUAUACUCGUGUCUUGCAAUUCUGGAAGGGUCAUCAAAGUAGUUGAUAAACAAUUCCAACUAACAACGCUGUUAUCGACGCCUGCCUGUGCUCGAGGAAUGGCCCUAGACCACAAGACUGGGACAAUUUACAUAUGCAUGACCGAGAAAAAUGCUUUUUUUGACCAUGAUGUGACCCACCACAACAAAGUUGUGAAGAUUAUGACAGGAAAAAACAAAAGGUGGGAAUUACCCGACAUUUUGGAAUUUUCAGCGCACCCAACUGUUGAGUACCCUGCGAGAGUUGUGGUUACGAAGAAUUCGUAUAUCGCUAUUUCGGACUGGAAAAGAGAAUGUGUGACUUUACUGAAUAAAGACGGGCAUAUUGAGGCGGAAUGCUAUGGACUAAAAAAGAAUGCUGACAGCUACUUCAACCCGCGUGGACUCUGCAGCGAUAACGAAAGUGGUUGUAUAUACGUGGCGGACUACAACAACAGCAGGAUAAUGAAAAUCGACGAAUCAGGACAACAGUUUGAUGUCGUUUUAAGCAAGGCAGACAAAAUUUUCAAACCAUGGUCUGUCGCCCUAGGCGAAGAUGGCGCUUUAUGGGUGGGAAGCCAAAAGGGAAAGAUGGGGGUGUAUCAUCUGAAUGGGUGAUAUUUAGAUAGAAGUUUUAACAUGUAUCCGAAAUAGUGAAUUUGAAUGGAUAUAUUGCAAUUGUGCAAAUGACAUGCCAAUGAUUUGAUUUAUGAGAUGACAACUAGAGGAGGCACUGUCCAUUCCUCCAUUUGAAUCAGAAUACAGAUAUAUGACUUUAAUCGUCAGUCAUGGAAGUCGACAAAAAUAAGCAUUGCUGGCUCUAAUUAUUGUGGAACUGGAAAAUGCCUUUAUCGUCGAAUGUAAUCCUUCCUUGUUCGUGUUGGUUUGCACUAUUUUGAAGUCGUAUGUUAUUGAAAAAAUAUAAUUUUAUUGUACCCUUUAUAAUGAUUAUGAAAAAACA